UAGUUAUGCGGCAGCAGCACGUUUGGGCAUUUCUCAACAAAGUCGCCGAAAAUUUUGGACUUGUAAACACUUACAAACAAUUGCAUUAGCUCCAUGAGUGAUCGCAUUUUAUGCAUUCCAACAGUGGGGCUGUCAUGUCUGCAUUUGUUUGGCAAUCGGCGAAAUACAAAAAUAGAGAAUAAGUAGAAAAAAAACGGAAGGCAGACGAAACGGAAGCAAACGACGUCAUUCAUUCGCAUUUUGUCCAGUUCGCUCUUAAUAGUAGACCGUCGUCAUGAUCAACAGCGUGCGGUAAAGAUCACUUAAGCUGGCAGCAAAGCGGCGCUUACAGUGCUCGAGAACGCUAGAGCGCAGAGCUAAGACACUUUGUGGCAUGCUGGAGGCGAUCAGUACGCGAUAAACACUCGGCCGUUGCGCAACGUUGGCAAAAAUGCAAUUUCAGAGGCUUUAAUUGAUACAUUAGUACAUACAAAAAAUCGUAGUGCAGUGAGCAAAUUAUUGUGUUGAAAGCAAGCAUAUGGAUAUGAAGUUAUAAAGCAUUGGAAUUUAGAAAAUAAUAUUGAAAUAAAAAAUCGAUAACAAAUUUGCCAUUUAAGUGCCUUAUAAGUGUCAAGUCACAAUCAUAAGUACUUGGACACAAAAACGAAAUAGCGGCAAACAUAAAGAAAAUACAAAAACAAAUUAAUUUAAAAAAAAAAUCAAAAAACUACAAAAUAUAUCUCAAUUGAAGUGUUUAAUAUCAAAGUAAUAUACAAUGUCGCCAGCCAUUUCAACCGCAUGCCACCUUAUCGCCAUUGCGGUUUACUGUGCGGUGGCAAGUUCAGCUUUGACGAGCUUGGAUAAUACUGUAGAACCCGCAGAGUUGAAACGUGACGAUAUGGCGAGCAGAUUUCUGGAAAACGACACCGUUUUGUUACCUUGUGAUAAUCAUUUUUCAUUUCAGUAUGUACGUUGGUAUAAGGAGGACGAAUUAAUUGUCGAUUCACGCGAUAGCAAUGAGACCUUAACACCCGAUCGCAUACGACUUUGGUCUAACGGUAGUUUACAAAUUGCACAACUGCAACCGACGGAUACUGGCGAUUACAGUUGCGCAUUGAAAACCGACAAUGACACUGAAGUGCAAAAAAUGCACAGCAUAAUAGUACAAUUUCCGCCAACAGUCAAAACAGAACCAGAAGGUAUUGUGGAAUUCCCCAUUGGUGCAGUUUUUCAGGUUAUCUGUGAAGCACGAGGCGUGCCACAACCGAAAUUAUAUUGGCGUUGGAAUGGUAAAUUGGUGGAUAAUCAAUUGAUCGGCAAUCGCUUGAGCAUGCAAAUCGAAGUGGGUUCACGUGCGCAAACUGGACCGAUCGAGUGUGUGGCCAACAAUAGUAUUGGUGAGCUGGCCGUGGCCGGCAUGUUUUUAAAAGUGCAAUUUCCACCAGAGGUGCGUUUGGAAAGAAAUAUAAUCUACACUAAAGUUGGCAUACGCAGCGAUUUGGAGUGUCUGAUCGAAGCGGUGCCACGCGCUACUGUCAACUGGUUUCAUCAUGGCGUACCGAUGAGCUACGAUUCGCGUAUAAGUCGUUAUGAGAUCGAAAUGCAACCGAACGUUUCAAAUUUGCAAUACAAUACUGUCAUCAAGCAUACAUUGUCUAUAAGAAAUGUGCGCGACUCAGAUCUCGGCUUGUAUGAGUGUCGUGCCGAGAAUAAAUUGGGUUUCAAGAGUGCGGCAAUUGAUUUGACUGGACGUCCCAUGCCUUGUGUCUUCAAAAUCAAUCCAGGUGUGCAGAGUUCAACGUCACAUGUGCUGGUGUGGCAGACGGAAAGCUUGUCGGCGCUAAUGGAAUUCAAGUUAAAGUUCAGACAGAUACCUUCAGCAAGCAUAACACCACAAACUUUGGACACGGAUUUCAAAAGCGAUUGGACUAUUUUAACCAUUCCAUCAGAGCUAUCUGCCGGACCUAUACAUAUCACAACAUACACCUUACAUGGUCUACAACCGGCCAGUGUCUACGAGGUGGUAGUAUUCGCACGCAAUCACUUUGGUUGGAGUGAGAGCAGUAAGAUUGUGAGAUUUGCAACAGGCGGGGAAGUCGAAUUACCAAACUACUCCACUGAAUCGGAGCUGGAUAACAACGAAGAGCUGUCGUCUGUGGAAAGUGUGGAGCAGCCGGAGGAGGACGCGGUGCAUUUGAAUGAAAUUUAUGAAAGCAGAAUUAUUAAAUCGGCAGCGGCCAACAUAUGGUGUUAUAUGAAUGUAACGGGUUUCUUAGUAAUUGCUUAUUUGAAACAUGUUUUAACAUGAUAAGAAUUUCUAAUAGCAAAUAAAAUAUAAUAAUAAUAAUAAUAACAAAUUUAAAUGUAUUGAAGCAAAAAAAUAGGCAGACAAUUCUUUAAAUAUAUAAUAAUAUACAUAAUAAAUACCUUAACUGGUGUUUGUAUUGUAAUGGCACAACAAAUAUUCCAAUCUGAGCGAUGGUUUUGAUGCAGUAAUAUGAACGUAAAGCUCAAACUCAAGUGGAACACACAUUCCUGAACAUGUGUUUAAAUACACUCUUGAAAUCAAAAAUGACCGAUUUGUACAAAAAUGUUCCGAUAAGAAUCCACAACAACACCAAUGAUUAGAAGAAUUUCUUCUGUGUAUGUAGUAAAUGUGAACACUCAACAGCAACACAUGCUGUGGUCAAAAUCCUUUUUUUCCCGGAAGGGGAGCAACAAUAACACUUAAAUUAACACUUUUAGCUUUAAAUACACUAAUUUAUAUAAAAAAAAAACACGAUUUAAAUUGAUACGCAAUACGUCAACAUACAAAUUAUUUAUAUUUCAGUUGAACUAUAGCAGAUUAUUGAUGAUUAAACUUACACAUUACAAAUAAGCUUUUCUAAAUAAACUAUAAUUUUAAUUGAUUUAUUAGGUUUUAAUUUAUUAAUAUGCGCACUUUUUUGAAAUUAACAAACUUAAAAUACAGCGGAAGAAUAUUAACCGGGAAUGAGUUGUCAUAAACUGCGAACUGGUGAUGAUUGCAAAACAACGAUAGUUACGAUAAUCGGUAAGUGUGCUAAUUUUAUAUUUGUUAAGCCAGUUUAAUAUAACUAUUUAUAUUAUAAUUAAAUCAAUAAACAUAUUAUUGGACCAGCAAUAUAUAAAAUUAUUUAUAAUCGUUCAUUAAACACAAAUAAAUAAUAAUUAAGAGCAAUUUCAUAUAAGAAUUUACUUAAAACAGUGACUGCAUUAUCGACAUUCAAACAGUGCUUCCCAUUUGUCAGCGUUAUUACACAAAUAAAAUCUGCGGCGUCAAAUAUGUGAGAGUGCGGCACAAUAAUAAGCAAUUGUCAUAGCGAAACAUAAAACAACAAAAAAGGAGUACAAGUCUGAAUUCAUUUAAUUAAACUAGCUUUUGUAAUACACACAAUUCGUCUGUAAUCAUGGAGCCUCUGCAGAUCAAUAGUGGCGAGGAUUAUGUUAAAGUCAAUAUAUCGAAUUCCAAAAA